CCCAUCAAUCCUCAAUAUCUAAGCGCUCUCACUUCCAUAAUUUUCAUCACAAAUGCAUCACAAAACUUACUUCCUACACCCCCUUUCAUUCUCAUGGCCAAUCUCAAAUGCAUACUCACAACUCUUUUCUUUGUCUUCCUCAUGACAAUCUCUCACACUUCUUCUUCUUCAUCACAUUCUUCCAAUAACAACAACCAAGAGAUCCAAUCUCAAAGCCCUUCCUCAACAAUCCCUUCUACAAUAUCAAACUACCACCAAGUGUUCUACCUCAAGAACACCGACAGCACUCCAAUGUUUUUGAGAAAACAAGAACGUGUCAAGAACAGGAGAAUGAACAGAAAUAAGAACAUGAAACAGAGGAAACAGAGAAAACAGAGGAAGAAAAUGGUCAAGAACAUGAUGCAGUCGUCACGACCUUUUUCUGUUAUGCUUCCAAAGGGUUUUGUUCCUCCUUCAGGUUCUUCACCUUGUCAUAAUAAUCAACCCAAUUCGGUGUCGUUUCACUGCCAUCUCACUAAUACAGAACCUUGAUUAUGUUCUUCACUUCUUCACAAUGUUUAUUAUUAUAUACAUAUAUGUAUUAAUUAAUUAUACAUGCAUGCAACAGAAGCAAUUUACAGUGAAAGAAUUAUGAGGAAAGAAUGUUCCACAUUUGGUUAUUACUCGAUCGUCUUGAUCUUUCUUGCAUUAUUUAAUUUGUAU